AUGCGUUGCUGAGUUUGACGGGGUUCGAUUGCAGUGCAUCUCGUGCCAGAAGCUCACUUCUCACUAGACAUCCUAAGCGUUCGGUUGUGCGUUUUCGUGCGUCUCUCCGGCCAUUUUCCCAACCAGUUGUUCAGCCAGCCAGCCAGUUACAAGUUUCGCGACCAUCGUCGUGGUGCGUAGAGUGUGUAAAUCGUGCGUGAAUCGUGUAUGUGUGUGUGUUGUAGCUAAGCUAUAGCGAAACUAGAGCCAAAAAGCCGAAUAUCCUUACUGUGUGUAGUGCGUCCAGUGUCUUGUGUGAAAAACGGAAAGCAAAGCACGAUUGAGUGUGAACGGAAAACGUAAAACAACCCGCAACUUGUACCGUGUACCGUGUCGUCGACGUACCCAAGUGUCCAUCUUAUUUUCAUUGGCCAUCUUGCCAUCAAGGUUGUCCUGUGCUGCCUAAAGGGAUAAAGCUGUGUCCGUCUUCGAAACAGACGUUCCGUUACCGUUCGUAAGCAACCGUUCCAACGCAUAAUCAGCAAAAGAUGACUGAAACCACAGAAGCACCAGUCGUUGCACAGACCGCCGAAACGAAGACACCGUCGCCCACGGCCGAGACGGCAGUCGUCACGCCGGCAGAGAACGGUCAUGCCGAGGGCGGCGAUGCGAAAGCGGCCGCCGCCGAGGGCGAAGAACAGACCAACGGUGGUGCGACCCCGGACGAGAAGGCCAAGGCCGAGGAGAAGAAGGAGGACCCACCGAAGGAGAUGCGCGCAGUCGUGCUGACCGGUUUCGGUGGUUUCAAGAACGUGAAGAUCCUGAAAAAGCCCGAACCGUCGCCCCAGGCCGGUGAGGUGCUGAUCCGCGUCAAGGCAUGUGGACUAAACUUCCAGGAUUUGAUGGUCCGACUCGGUGCAAUUGAUUCGCCACCGAAAACUCCAACCAUUCUCGGCUUCGAAUGCGCCGGUGAGAUUGAAGCUGUGGGCGAGGAAGUUGAAGGAUUCAAGGUUGGCGAUCGCGUUGUGGCCCUGCCGGAAUUCCGGGCCUGGUCCGAGCUGGUGGCCGUCCCGACCAAGUACGUCUAUCACAUUCCGGAGGAGAUGACAUUCCAGGACGCUGCUGCCAUCGUGAUGAACUAUCUGGUCGCCUACAUUCUCAUCUUCGAUCUGGUGUCGUUGCGCGAGGGCAAGUCCAUGCUGCUGCAUUCCGUCGGUGGCGGUGUGGGUCAAGCCAUCGUACAGCUGGUACGCACCGUGCCGAACGUAACCAUUUUCGGUGUUUGCUCGAAGUCGAAGCAUGAAGCCCUUGCCGCAACCGGUCUGAUUGACCAUCUGAUCGAUCGUACCGACUAUGUCAACGAAGUCCGGAAGAUUACGACUGAAGGUGUCGACAUCGUGAUGGAUUGUCUGUGCGGCGAGGAAUGCAACCGUGGCUACGGACUGCUCAAGCCGAUGGGCAAGUACAUCCUGUACGGUUCCUCGAACGUUGUCACGGGCGAGACCAAGAGCUUCUUCAGCGUUGCCCGUUCGUGGUGGCAAGUGGAUAAGGUGUCCCCGAUCAAGCUGUUCGACGAAAACAAGAGCCUCGGCGGGUUCAACCUACGCCAUCUGCUGUACCAGCAGGAUGGUUCCGAGUACGUGCGCUCGACCGUGGACAAGAUCUUCGGUCUGUGGAAGGAGGGUAAGAUAAAGCCGGUGGUCGAUUCGGCCUGGGCGCUGGAGGACGUUGCCGAGGCGAUGCAGAAGAUGCACGAUCGCAAGAACAUUGGCAAGCUUGUGCUGGAUCCGUCGAUGGAACCGAAACCGAAACCGGCGACGCCGGCCAAGAGCAAAUCGAAGAAGCAGGCCAGCGAGGACAAGGGAGGCAAGAAGGACAAGGAAGACGAUAAGAAGUCGGGCGAGAAUGGUGGCGGCGACGAGAAGAAGGAAGGCGAUGCGGCCGAAGAAGCCAAGACGAACGGCGACGCAGAGGAGGGUGGUGCAGCCCAGGUGAAUGGAGAUGGUGCGGCGGAGAAGAAGGAAGAACCGGUUGCCGCCACCAACGGGGAUGAAACAGAAAGUGAAAAAAAGGAAUCGAGUUGAACGGUUAGCAGCACGGCCGCCACAACCUAGAAGCAUUGCAACAAACGAAGCACAACUUUCCCCAAAACCACCCCCCCCCCAAAACCAUUAUUGAACUAUUUUACUGUUUUUACUUCCACAAUAUACACUUUCAUAAAGAAGUACCACCACCUUCAAAAGCCCAGCAAAUCGGUGGUGGGUUUGCCUCUGCCAAUUGGGUGAUAGUCGCGCCGGGCGUGGGGUCGUGCGCCCCUCAUCAUCGCUCCCUUUUUCUAUCCGACCCCCCACCCCCACGCCACUCCGCAUCCCAGCGCCAUCACCAGGAAUUGCUACGAUAUGAGCAGCAGCAACUAAAUAUAUUAUAAAUAUAUCUAAUGGCAUACGGCAAAGCAUACGAAAAGUCAUACGCAAAACACACCUCUACUAUUACGACAACCCGCGCAUAACUCUAUAGCUCCUAUAGCUGCUCUAUAGCCUGCGUCUAUCAUACACGUACGUACGCUAGGGCAGAAGUAAGAAAAUGAUGAGGAUGGAAAAAUGACCACAAGCAGCAUGAAAUUAAAAGAAAAGGAGGAACAGCAUAAACACAUGGAAAAUCAUAAUCACGGACAGAAAAAGGUUGACCGACCGGGUGAAGGGAAAUGAACGAAAAAGAACAUUCAAAACCAAUGUGUUUAGCAAUGGCAAAGCAAGAGCGCGUAUCAUCAGGAAGGAAGGAAGGAUUGGCAGUAAGUGGGUGCGAAACGACGUCUCGAGCAAAGUUUUUGCUACCUUCAGCCACGCUUAAGUAUAUCCAUCCGAAGCAACGAAUGAGCUACAGCUAUGCAAUUGGUUUUUGGGCGUAAGUUGAUCUCAUACGUUUUCGUUCUUAUGUUUUCCCCAUUUAUGUGCCCGUGAUGUUUCGGUAUGCUGCUUGCUACGCAACGCAAAACAAAUCAAGAUUUCAAUCGAUUAUUCUGGACGGCGAAAGCGAUAUAGCGUUGUGCAAAAUUUAAAGUGAGAGAAGUAGGAACAUCAGAAAGAAUCACACUAAAACGUAUUCACACACAAACACACACAAUGAAACAAAAACAUCAGGUACGGCGAGGCGAGAUGCGACUAAAGGCCGAGGAUGGUGGUCAGAUGGAUAUUUCUUCCGUUUUUUUUAAUAUGUGUCAUUUUUUAUGUAAUAUUUAAAUACUAAUUGUAAUGUUUCAUAUUAAUUUCGUUUUGUUUCGCGUCUCGGGGGAGAGAAAAACCAACAACUUCCAAUCUGUGUAGCAUCCGGACACCGGCGAUGCAUAUGCCAGCUGCGAAAUUAAGCUUUUUACGUUUUACCGUACCGUGCGCGCGGGGUUGGGUGGUUCUGCGCUUCAUUUUUAUGUAAUUAAUUAAUGAGUAAAAGCUGCGGAGUACUAGCGCUUUCCCAUUGCCGUGAAGGAGAAAAAUCGUGUGUGUGUGUGUGUGAGAGAGAGUGAGAGAGAAGAAGCGAGUAGGAAAAGAAAAAUUCCCUAAAAUUGUGUUCUAAAAUUUUUUGUAACAACAAACAAACAACACGUUUGCCAUUGCUCUCGUUAGGUUCUUUGCGAACGUUUGUUUCUAAAUUUAUUAUCCCCCCCCUCCCCACACACACACACACACACAAAUUAUUCUCGGUUAUGUAUAUGUAAUAGUUUUGUGUUUGUGUGUUGUUUUGGGGGCAAGAAGAAGAAUGUAUCUGUCACAAGUAUGUGUAGUAAUAGGGAGAGGGGGAGGCGCUCCUUUAUCGAUUUGUAUAAAUUAAAGAACCCACAACAGCAAACAACAACAAAAGCAACAAGAAACAAUGGGCAGAAAUGCAUAUAAUUAUUAUUUUUACAUUUAAAUCGUCACGUGUUUUGCGUAACAAACGAGGGGUUUAUAAAUGGAUAAUAAUUGUAAAGCCUGAGGUUUAUAAGUUUGUUUCUGGUGUUUCUUUUUAUUUUUGCUCUUAUGUUUCUAUAAGUUCCGAACUAGAGUUACUUUUUCUUUAUUUCAUAUACUAUCACUCAUCAUCCUUUCCAAUCUACCUACAACAUUAAACGUGUAAACGUACAUCACUCAUCAUACCGCGCGCGGUGUACUAUAAGGAACCGUAAAUUCGCGCUCUCUAAAGAGAGCCAUCCAUGCGCUGAACGUGAUUCAUAUAAGAAAUCUUUAAACUAUGCAACGUGCGUCAGACGGUGGCAAAUAAUUUCCCCUUUCUAUUGUUCGGCUUGCAUAAUGCGCUCUGUUGGCACUGUUGUUUUACUUUGAGCUUCAGCAGAAUCGUUAGGGGCCAGUCGUAGGUCCUGCAAGAGUAUAGUGUAAGCUAGCAAACUCGUUUAACCAUGCUUUUGCUGUGUCAGCCAUCCUGUAAUGUAACAUAAAAAGCGUGCAAGAGUGGGAAAAGAGGAGGAGAGUGAUUUGUUGGUGUGGUUGAAAUGAUCGUUUUCGAACGUACUUGGGUUGGAAUUUGGGAGUGUGAUAUAGGGGUAGAUAGGAAUGAAUAAUACACGCACACAGACUCACACGAGAAGAAGCAGAAAGGUUCUUGCACAUGCACCCUACUUCUCUUAGUUUUGUAUCGUUGAAUUUAGUAGUCGAAGGCAGAGCAGACUCUCGCCCAUCUCUUCAGGAAGAAUAGACAUUAGGAAUAGCUUCUUAGUAACUUGAUGCGUAGAUGCCAUCUUUCUAGCCAUCUUCUUACCACUUUGUAUCACCACAAUGCCUGACGGUGGUGUUUACUUUUUACAGACUUUAAACUGUGAAAGCCUUUAUACGAGAUGACGGAUUGUACUUCAAAGAAAUUUUAUAAAACCACAUUACUACUACCACCACAUCCACCGAAAGUGAAUGGAAAUUGACGCCAUCGGCACACAGUCACCUCAUGUGAUUUUAGCGCACACACUUUUUUAAAAAAAGACACACUAAACGCAGAUUGCUUCAGAACCAUUUUCCCAACACUGCCAUACCUCCUUCCUGCGGAUGUGCAACGACAGGGGAGGAAAAUAGUGAACCCCCCCUAAUUUUAAGAUUCCUGGAGUGGAAGUGGGAUUAAUAUUCCUUAGUCGCGGGGUUUAAAGGGUUUCAACAGAUGCGAUAGUAAUUGAGGCACUAUUUUGCAACUCGUGCUUUUCAAACGUAGAGAGAGAGAGAGAGAGAGAGAGAGAGAGAGAGAGAGAAGGAAGAACCACUUGCUUCGCAUAUCGCACGCAUUUUACGCGACUGUGCUUGAGAGACUGUAAUAUUUUGGACAACCAACUACCCCUUUUUGGAUGAGUGAAGCAUAUGCCUGUUUUGGGGCGCGGCAUUGAAAACGAUAGCUCUUAGAUAGCUUUGAAUUUAUUUCAUGAAGAUAUAUACACACACACACACUUAACAAACCCCAACACACAUAUCCAAUGCAUUGGGGACUAUUGGCGUAAACGCAGCUUUGAUAUGAAGUCUACACUUGUGUUUUUCUUUUCGACAAAGUGUGUCCUUUAGAGACCCAAUUCCGAUGUCUAUUGCUUACCGGAAAGCUAUUCCCUUUUUUGAACACUUUUUACAGUAAGGAAACCCCCUUUUUACACACCCCUUUUAGCCGGCGACGUAGAAAUGGCAACAGAGGGGGGGGACAGGGGUGGGUAAAGGACAGUCGUUCGGUCGUUUUUUGUCAUUAGCUUUUGUCUGCUUUUUGCGCAACCUUUACUCAACACGAACUUUACUCUAGAUAUACCAUGUACGGCGGUGGAAGGAACAUGCGGUUGCUGCAGCUGCCCUCUAUCAUGCUAACUUUCUUAAGAUACAAAAGUACACAUAAAACGAAUGCUGGAAGUAGUAAACGCGAAGGGAUCAAGGAUUGUAUCGCGCAACACGCACACACGCACGUGCGCUUAAUCACGUGCGCAAAACGGAGAUAUUUAAGGCGGUGGAAGCGGCAGUUUAAUGUAAAGGUGGCAGUAGCAGUGCAAGAGACAGGAAGCGACAAGAGAGACAAAUGAAUCAAAAUAUAAUAACGAACACACAAACAAAAAAAUCCCUCAGAAGAAUAUGUAAUGAUCAAAAAAGUAUAAAUAUGUAUAUUCGUAUAAUAUUGUGUACACCACCGGGGGUAUAUAGAUAGAGAGAGUGGUGGCAUGGCAACUGCGCGAUUUUUAUCGAAAGGCAGGCGGGGUGACACGUGCACUACUACAAAAACCCGGAAGAGGCAACAUUUGCUGCAACAGAUUCGAUAAUAUCCUCAAUCCUCAAUAUUGUACGGAAAGAAACAAUCUCUACACCCAUAUUUAUAUACACAAACAUAUUAUAUUUUCCCGAUUGGCGGAGAGCGUGUGCGUGUCUCUGUCUAGAUGCCGAUGAUGAUCAUAAUCCCAUACCACAAACGUAUUAGCCACAAUCACCCCCCACGCUGCUGCAACAGCCUAACCCAACAGGGAUGAUCCUGAUCGAAAUAUUGUUCAUGGAAAAGUAGGCUACCGGAAACGCGGGACGAUGAUAAAAACCAAACCCCCUGAGCAGGAUUGAUCGCGGCACUGAGCGUUGCAGAACGAUAUCAUUGUGCUCGGUGUAUGGAUGGCGGCGCGGUGAUGGAAGUUUUGGGGUUAAGAUCAAGGAACGGGAUACAUGGGAUAUAUUCCCUCUGAAUGUGUAAUGAUGGCUGAUGGAACAAUAAAACCGAUGGAAACUGUACGUUGUAA